AUGCCACGAAUUUGUACACCUGGACUUUACCACUCAUGCCCUUUGGGUUAUCAAUGCCAGCUACCCAAACCACAAUCCACGAGUGGAUUCUGCUGUAAAGUAGACAUCAAUGCUGUCACAGAGGGUUGCCCACCGGCAGAAUAUGCAUUGACCAGUGAGCAGAAAGUGGUUGAAUGCGAUCCAUUCAACGCAAGCCGAAGCUGUCCUGCAGGAUUCACCUGUCAAUUCGCCGUCCUCUUCCAACGCUAUCAGUGCUGUGGGAAGGUUCCAUCCGAUGAGAGUGAAAUCGGCAAUCGAGAAAAAGGCUGCCUCUCAAAUCAAGUUGCGCUGGUUGAACGCAGUCAAGUAGUUCUUUGUACAGCAUCUGGAAAUACUUGCCCGUUGGGAUAUUUCUGUCAGUUUUCCACUGAGAACCAGCAGUUUCAGUGUUGCGGCCUUAAAUCAGGUUACCCAUCGCUCCAUUUUCUUCUCCAAUACCUUUAUAUUAGUGGUUCUUACGGCGAACGCACAUUUAGGUGA